AACCCUAAAUAUCAGUGUCGGAGGACGCCGCCUGGACCCCCCGUUAUUUCUCGUCGUUCAUCCCAUUCCACUUCCCAAUCGGGCGCAGAGUCUCUCAGAGUCACCGGCCUUCCGAUCCAUUUUCAUCUUGGUUUACGAGCUUGUCACUCGACCUAUCUUGACUGUUCUUGUUGCUCUUCGAAGGAGAGACCCACUCUUGGGCAAAUCAUGACCGGGAAAGCCAAGCCCAAGAAGCACACAGCCAAGGAGAUUGCCUCCAAGGUUGACGCUGCUACCACCAAUAGGGGCGGAGGCAAAGCCGGUCUGGCUGACCGUUCCGGUUCAGAUAAGGGUGGCCACGCCAAGUAUGAGUGCCCCCUCUGCAAGGUCACGGCCCCUGAUGUCAAGUCUAUGCAGAUUCAUCACGACGCUCGUCAUCCUAAGGUCCCCUUUGAGGAGUCCAAGCUUGUGAACCUUCAUUCCAGUCUUGCUCCUGAUUCAUCAAAAUCCCGCCCUGGCGUUCGUGGCAGUCAUAAGAAGUAAAAGCUGCACAAGUUGAUCUCUUGUCCUUACGAUAAAUUAGUAAAUUACCCCCUCCUUCUUGUUACUUCUCUCUUGUUAUUCCACCUUUGCUUUUUAACAACUUGACUGCUGCUAAGGCUUUCAGCUUUCAUGUUAUAAAGCUCUUUGCGACUUGGUUUUGCUGUUUCUUUUUCCCCUUCUUUUGGUGUGAUGCUACAUGAAGCGGUUGAGAAGGGAUAUAACUUGUUCUUCAUAGGGCCCUUCUUAUAUCUGUAAAGUAUACUUUAUUGUCUCCGCACCAUUUAUGAGGAUCAUGACCAUGGUGACUACGAUAAUGUUGAGUUCCCUUCUUGCUAAACUGUCACAGAUUUGUUAGUUAA